CCGGAUGUGUGGAAUCUGGUGAAAAUGUAACAAAUACAACUUACGUUUUCUCCAGGAAGAAUCUUAAGAGGCCUAUUGCUCAUCUUCCGUGUCCUGGAAAGGCAACACUUGCUGUUCGCUGCUGUCCUGUCUACUUUGAAUUGAGGCCGGUGGUAGAAGCAGACAGAUCGUCCCAGGAGCCAGGGGUGGAGCUGAUCAGUCUGCCCUACCGCCUGGUGUUCGCUGUGGCCUCAGAGGACUCGGUGCUUCUGUACGACACCCAGCAGCCCUUCCCUUUUGGUUAUGUGUCUAACAUACAUUACCACACCCUGAGUGACAUCUCAUGGUCCAGCGAUGGGGCCUUCUUGGCCAUUUCUUCCACGGAUGGUUAUUGUUCAUUUGUGACAUUUGAGAAAGAUGAACUUGGAAUUCCUCUGAAAGAGAAGCCAGUUUUGAGCAUGAGAACUCCUGAUACAACAAAGAAAACUAAGAGUCAGACGCACCAAGGGUCUUCGCCAGGACCCAGACUGGUAGAGGGAACACCCACCAGCAGAACCCAAGACCCUAGCAGUCCCUGUACAACCCCCCCUCAGGCCAGACAGUCUCCAGCCCCAGCAGCAAUCAAGGACACUCCCUCAAUCCCUCCUGGUAUCAAAAGCUCCUUGCCUGGGCCUUCAGAGGAGAAGACCUUGCAACCCAGUAGUCAAAACAUGAAAGCCCACCCAUCCCGGAGGGUAACUUUGAACACAUUGCAAGCUUGGAGCAAGACAACACCCCGGAGAAUAAACUUAAUACCCUUAAAGACAGAUACUUCACCGAAUUCUGUCCCAACCAGUGUAAUUUCAACCCCUUCCACAGAGGAAAUUCAAUCAGAGAUGCCUGGAGACUCUCAGAGCAGUCCUCCAGAGCUGAAACGGCCCCGAAUGGAUGAAAACAAAGGAAACGCUGAAAGUUUGGACCCUUGAUGGCACCUCACCUUCUCCUCAAAGGCCUGACAGACCUGUGUGCACAGGG